CGCGGGACCUGUGUAGGGCUCGAGCUCUCUCAGUUGUCGGGGGCGCGCGGGCGGCGGCGGCGCUAGAGGAGCCGCCCGUGAACGUGCCAGUGCCAGUGCUCGUGCUCGCGCCCGAGCCGGUGCCGAGCCCCUCGGGCCGCGCCCCUAUUCUGCCGUCUCUGGUGCCCGACGGCCCGAUGCAGGUCCGGGAGCUGAGGGGAGCGACGUAGCCGCUCCCCGCAGCGCCGCUCGGACCCGGCCACGACCCUGACCCGGGACCCCGCCCGGGCUCAAGCCGGCCAGGCAGUCCCGGGGCGCGGCCCCAGCCAGCGAGCGGGCCAUGGCGGACCGCGGGUGCCCGCUGGAGCCGGUGUCACUGCCCGCCGAGGUGCGAGAGAGCCUGGCGGAGCUGGAGCUGGAGCUGUCGGAAGGGGACAUCACUCAAAAAGGAUACGAGAAGAAAAGGGCGAAGCUGCUUGCGCGCUACAUACCACUUCUUCAAGGAGUGGACCCAUCCCUCCAAACAGAGCCUAGGACCCCCGGGCCCUCACAAACCACGGCUGCGGUGCCUAAGCAGCAGAAGGCGCGGCCCACCAACUCACGGGACGAGCGCUUCCGGUCAGAUGUUCACACUGAAGCCGUGCAAGCAGCUUUGGCCAAAUACAAAGAGAGGAAGGUGCCUCUGCCUUCGAAAAGACGGUCUGUCCUUGCGCAUUCGUCUCUGGAGACCUGCACCCCCCCAGACACGUCGUCUGCCUCAGAAGAUGAGGGCUCUUUACGGCGACCCGGGCAACUCACCUCCACUCCGCUCCAGAGCCAUUCCAGCGUCGAGCCCUGGCUCGACCGGGUCAUUCAGGGCUCGUCCACCUCAUCCUCCGCAUCUUCCACCUCAUCUCACCCGGGAGGGAGACCUGCCGCUGCGCUCACAGGCCCCGCGGCCCACGCCCACAUAGAUCUGCACUCUGCCCCUCCUGAUGUCACCACUGGCCUUGUGGAGCAUUCGCACUGUGAGCGUCCACAGCCAGCCUCUGUGAGAGGCGUCCCUCGGGGGUGCGGUGGGCGCCUCCUGGACACAGCGGGUGGUGUCCCUGUGAACAGCAGAGUGUCCUCCAAAAUCCAGCAGCUUCUGAACACCCUGAAGAGGCCAAAGCGCCCUCCGCUGAAGGAGUUCUUUGUGGAUGAUGUGGAGGAGCUGUUGGAAGUUCAGCAACCAGAUCCAAAUCAGCCAAAGCCUGAGGGAAGCCAGAUGGUAGUGCUGAAAGGAGAACCUCCGGCUGCAGGGAUUUCCUGGCCACCCUCGCUGCUGGCCGCCCUGCAGCGCUGGGGCACAUUGCAGCCCAAAGCCCCCUGCCUGACCGCUUUGGACACCGCUGGGAAGGCCGUCUACACCCUCACUUACGGCAAACUUUGGAGUCGAAGUUUAAAACUAGCGUAUACUCUCCUUAAUAAACUGACUAGUAAGAAUGAGCCACUGCUUAAACCCGGAGACAGAGUGGCGCUGGUGUUUCCCAACAGUGACCCUGUGAUGUUCAUGGUUGCGUUUUAUGGGUGUCUCCUGGCAGAGCUGGUUCCUGUCCCCAUAGAAGUGCCACUAACAAGAAAGGACGCCGGCAGCCAGCAGAUCGGGUUUCUGCUGGGCAGCUGUGGCGUUGCCCUGGCCCUGACCACCGAUGCCUGUCAGAAAGGCCUACCCAAGGCACAGACGGGAGAGGUGGCAGCUUUCAAAGGCUGGCCCCCCCUCACCUGGCUGGUGAUCGAUGGGAAGCAUCUGACUAAGCCCCCCAAGGACUGGCACCCAUUGGCCCAGGACGAAGGAUCCCGGACCGCCUACAUAGAGUAUAAAACCAGCAAAGAAGGCAGCACAGUGGGGAUCACAGUGUCCCACGCGUCCCUGCUGGCACAGUGCCGGGCUCUGACCCAGGCGUGUGGCUACUCAGAAGCUGAAACACUAACAAAUGUGCUGGAUUUCAAAAGGGAUGCUGGUCUGUGGCAUGGAGUGUUAACAAGCGUCAUGAACAAGAUGCACGUGAUCAGCAUCCCGUACGCACUGAUGAAGGUGAACCCGCUCUCCUGGAUUCAGAAAGUGUGUUUGUAUAAAGCCCAGACAGCGGUGGUGAAGUCCCGUGACAUGCACUGGUCUCUCCUGGCUCAGCGAGGCCAGCGGGACGUCAGCCUCAGCUCCCUGCGCAUGCUGAUCGUGGCUGACGGCGCCAACCCAUGGUCCAUAUCCUCCUGUGACGCCUUCCUCAAUGUCUUCCAGUCCAGAGGCCUGAGGCCGGAGGUCAUCUGUCCUUGUGCCAGUUCUCCGGAGGCACUAACGGUCGCCAUCCGCAGGCCGCCUGACCUGGGAGGACCUCCUCCAAGAAAAGCUGUGCUGUCGAUGAAUGGCCUCAGUUACGGCGUGAUCCGAGUUGACACUGAAGAAAAGUUGUCAGUCCUUACUGUUCAGGACGUUGGUCAGGUGAUGCCUGGAGCUAAUGUGUGUGUUGUGAAGAUAGAUGGUGCCCCAUGUCUUUGUAAAACUGAUGAGGUUGGAGAAAUAUGUGUGGACUCCAGUGCUACAGGCACAGCGUACUAUGGGCUGCUCGGGAUCACAAAGAACGUCUUCGAGGCCGUCCCGGUCACUGCAGGAGGAGCACCCGUCUCUGACAGGCCUUUCACCAGGACCGGGCUCCUGGGCUUCAUUGGCCCCGAUAACCUGGUCUUCGUUGUGGGCAAGCUGGACGGGCUGAUGGUGGUCGGGGUUCGCAGACACAAUGCAGAUGACAUCGUGGCUACCGCGUUGGCUGUGGAGCCCAUGAAGUUUGUCUACAGAGGCAGGAUUGCUGUGUUCUCUGUGACAGUGCUGCAUGACGACCGGAUCGUGCUUGUGGCUGAGCAGCGGCCGGACGCCUCCGAGGAGGACAGCUUCCAGUGGAUGAGCCGCGUGCUGCAGGCCAUUGACAGCAUCCACCAGGUGGGCGUGUACUGUCUUGCUCUGGUUCCUGCUAACACCUUGCCCAAGGCUCCUCUUGGAGGGGUUCACGUCUCUGAAGCCAAACAGCGUUUUUUGGAGGGGACGCUGCACCCGUGCAAUGUGCUAAUGUGCCCGCACACCUGUGUCACCAAUCUUCCCAAACCUCGCCAGAAACAGCCAGAGGUUGGACCAGCCUCCAUGAUUGUUGGGAAUCUGGUUGCUGGGAAAAGAAUUGCACAGGCCUCGGGGCGGGAGCUGGCUCACCUGGAAGACAGCGACCAGGCCAGGAAGUUCCUGUUCCUGCCCGACGUGCUGCAGUGGCGGGCCCACACCACUCCCGACCACCCGCUGUUUCUGCUGCUGAAUGCCAAGGGCACGGUGACGAGCACUGCAACCUGUGUCCAGCUGCACAGAAAGGCUGAGAGGGUGGCUGCUGCUCUGAUGGAGAAGGCAAGACUGAGCAUCGGGGACCAUGUGGCUUUGGUCUACCCGCCAGGGGUGGACCUCAUUGCUGCCUUCUACGGCUGCCUGUACUGUGGCUGCGUGCCGGUCACUGUGCGGCCCCCACACCCCCAGAACCUCUCUACUACGCUCCCAACCGUCAAGAUGAUUGUGGAGGUCAGCAAAUCUGCCUGUGUCCUCACCACGCAGGCCAUCAUGCGGCUGCUGAAAUCCAAGGAAGCAGCAGCCACCGUGGACGUCAGGACCUGGCCCACCAUUCUAGAUACAGAUGACAUACCAAAAAAGAAGGUGGCGAGUGUGUUCAGGCCUCCCUCCCCGGACAUGCUGGCGUAUCUGGACUUCAGUGUGUCGACUACAGGGAUCUUAGCAGGUGUGAAGAUGUCACACGCAGCCACAAGUGCCUUGUGCCGCUCCAUAAAGCUGCAGUGUGAGCUGUACCCCUCCAGGCAGAUCGCCAUCUGUCUCGACCCCUACUGCGGACUCGGCUUCGCCCUGUGGUGCCUGUGCAGUGUCUACUCUGGACACCAGUCCGUGCUGGUGCCCCCGCUGGAGCUGGAAAGCAAUGUGUCCCUGUGGCUGUCAGCUGUGAGCCAGUACAAGGCCCGCGUCACCUUCUGCUCCUACUCGGUCAUGGAGAUGUGCACCAAAGGCUUGGGCGCACAGACAGGUGUCCUCAGGAUGAAGGGGGUGAACCUGUCGUGUGUGCGCACAUGCAUGGUGGUUGCUGAGGAGCGACCCCGGAUCGCGCUGACACAGUCCUUCUCCAAGCUGUUCAAGGAUCUCGGCCUGCCCGCGCGUGCCGUGAGCACCACGUUUGGGUGCAGGGUCAACGUGGCCAUCUGCCUCCAGGGCACAGCCGGCCCGGACCCCACAACAGUGUACGUGGACAUGCGGGCGCUGCGCCAUGACAGGGUACGUUUGGUAGAACGGGGUUCUCCUCACAGUCUGCCGCUGACGGAGUCUGGAAAGAUUCUCCCCGGAGUGAAGGUCAUCAUCGCGCACACUGAGACCAAGGGGCCCCUCGGAGACUCGCACCUGGGAGAGAUCUGGGUUAGCAGCCCCCACAACGCCACAGGCUACUACACGGUCCACGGGGAGGAGGCGCUUCACGCUGACCACUUCAGUGCCCGACUGAGCUUUGGAGACACCCAGACCACUUGGGCAAGGACUGGCUACCUGGGCUUCCUUCGGAGAACAGAGCUCACCGAUGCCAGUGGAGAGCGACACGAUGCGCUGUACGUGGUUGGGUCUCUGGAUGAAACGCUGGAGCUGAGAGGCAUGCGGUACCACCCCAUCGACAUCGAGACAUCCGUGAUCCGAGCACACCGGAGCAUUGCGGAGUGCGCUGUGUUCACCUGGACCAACCUGCUGGUUGUGGUGGUGGAGCUGGAUGGGCUGGAGCAAGAUGCACUGGACCUGGUGGCUCUGGUGACGAAUGUGGUAUUGGAGGAGCACCACCUCGUCGUGGGCGUGGUGGUCAUCGUCGACCCAGGUGUGAUUCCCAUCAACUCUCGGGGCGAGAAGCAGCGCAUGCACCUGCGUGACGGCUUCCUGGCUGAUCAGCUGGACCCGAUCUACGUCGCCUACAACAUGUGAGCAUUGCUCACCAGGGUUCGGACUGGGGCCACCCAGGCUUCCACGCACUGGGCCAACUAAAGGCAGUGGAGCGCGAAGACACUGCUGUGUGUUCACAGCCACCAAGACAAAGGACCACAGUCUUCCCGGAAUACUGUGCCCCUUGCCUGCUUACACAGACUCAUCUUAAAGUUCCCCAAAUCUUAUUUGAGAAGCCAGUUCUAAAUUACUUGAAGAAAUUUAUUAAUCUUCGAGGACAUUUACAAAAACAAACACAUCAGUUCUUUGACAGGGCGACUGGAAAAGGAAGCGAAAGGCCCACCGCGGGCACCACGAGAAGCUGCAGGUGUGCCGUUUGGUCUCUACUGUACUGCAGGUUUGCACUUUCUAGACUAAAGAUAUAGUUCUUGAUUUUAGAAAUUUAAUUAUUUAUUCCCACUUCAAAUGACAAGUUCAUACAUAGAAACUUAAGCUACAAAGAAUUGGAGGCCCCAGCACAGCCGAUUCACUUCCAUUUCAUGGGGAGGCACAGAGCCCAAAAAGGCUGAUGCAAAGGGCAGCCAGUCCUGCCGCCUCUCGAACCUGCUCCUGGACCCCAGACCAGGCACUCGAGGCGCUCACAGGGCCUCCUCUCUUCCGGUUUCUUUACUGACACCAGCGUGCCCGACUGUCUGCACACGUUGUCCCUAACGGGCGGCAAGUGCCAUGCAGGGCUGCCCAGGUAGGAGCAGAUGCCCUGUCUCGGAGAGAGAAUCCAGCAUUUAGUUUUAAACCCCUUUCCUAGGUUUAUAGCUUAAAGCUGUUUGGUUAGUUGCUUGUUUUCAUAACAUCACAUAAUACCUUCUUCUCCACGCAUGGAAGGGUACUGAAGUACUUUCAUUCUGAACCAGUGGGUUUGGAAGCCCUGGUGACGGCAUCUGAGGGUCUCGGGUGCUCAGUGCUGUUUGUGGGGUGGGCCACGUGGAGGUGGGCAUGCUUCCCCUCAUCCUGGCUUUCCCAUUUUGAGUUGUUUGUCUGUAAAAUUCGGCCAAACCACACUCAGUUGUGACUAAACUGACUGAUCUAACAUAGUAAACCUAAAUGAAAGAGAAUAUAAAAUCCUUUAGAAAUUUCUAAGAUUUCAGGUGAAGCUCAAAUCUAAGACAGAAUAUUUUUAUACAGCUAAUAAAGAGUAUGUUAUGAAGUUGUUGGGUUUCGGGGGAACUAAGGAUGGGAAAGUGUGAAUCAUGCAUGCUUCAUAGAAAUGACCAGAUUUUCCUGGAAUUAGCCUGAAUCAGUGCCUAACAAAGCUGUUUUUAAUUCUUUACCAUCUUAAGUUCUCCACCAAAUAGGUCUGGCUGACCAGGCCAGCUGUCGCAUCUUACUCUUCUUUGGCGACAAGUAGCAGGUGCAUUGUCGCUCGUCAUGCCUGCGGUGGUGGACUGCAGUGAGUGUGUUGCUGCGUACUGGAAUUGUACUAACCUGUUGUAAUUAUGUACAUAAUCUAUGUAACUUAUUGUUCGACACACAGACAGUGGACAUCCCUUAGAAUGGCCGGCAGGGGAAGCAACUACCUGACCCUAGUCUCUGUGUUGUAGUUUUGUAGCGGAUACUGUCAAACUUUUGUAUUGAAAGGUCAGUGGCAGUAAGACAAGUUGUCUUGUAAAUUAAGACUUAAAGAAGCACAUUAAAAUGUUUUAAAGUUACUCUCUGGGAAUUCUGUAUAUCACACUAAAAUUUUUUUAUAUCAUUAUGUUAAUAAAAGUUAUUGACUUUGUAAUUCUGCAUUCUGAAAUGUGUGAAAAGGUUUUUAAAAUUAUC